AUGCGACGCAUGACUUACGCGGAAGCUGUUGCUGCAGCCGCCGGAAGCAACACCGAAUUGCAGCAGCAGCAGCAGCAGACCUCAACGGGCACCAGUCCCUCCGUAUACAGCGCUGUGUCCUCGCCGGAAGAAUGGAGUGGUCGCAAGCCUGCUGCAUCACACCGCAGCAGCCCCCACGGAGCGACACCAACUGCAGCAAAUCCUGCAUCAGACGCAGAUUCUGCAGAGGAAGCGACAUCUUCAAGAGGGAUGAAAAUAGCUGAGCAGGUGGGGGCGAAUCCGGGGACUGUGAAGCUAUUGCGAGAACAGUUUGAACGGCAAAGCUCUGAAGGCAGUUUCACCGGGCUGCUCCGCCAGCGGUUGCCUUCCAUUGUCUCAGCUGUGUCUAGCUCUUCCCGGCCGUCAGCACCAGCACCAGGAACAAGUGCAUCGGCGGAAGGUGGCUACAGUGGCUCAGAGGAUGGGAGGCAAGCAGACGCACUCACAGAUGCGCAGGCAUGUGCUGAGUUUAUUCAGCAACUGCUGCACGAGAAGCAACAGCUGCAGCAGCAGGUAGACUCCUUGUGGAAUCAGAAAGAGGCUUUCCGCUGUGCUAACGAAAGAAUGGCCAGGACGCUGCUCCGGCAGCAGCAGCAGCGAGCAGCUGCAGUUGCUGCAGCGGCUGAAGCAGCCGGAGCUACGCCGAGGAAGGAUAUGUCUCGCCGCUGUGUUACUGUAGUUCCACCGGGUUGUUUUACGUCAAGAGACCCCUUAGGCCCCCGAUGGAGCGUGCCUACUCCAGGGAGAAUAGGAGAGGUGCCUCCUGUCGAUUUUACUGCUAUGAAAAUGCAGCAUCGGCAAUCGGAGUUGCAGCAUCCACGUUGCACAGGCAGGGAAUCUCCACAGGAGCAAGUAACGCGGCAAUUGCAGCAGCCUCAGCUGCAGCAGCAACAGCAGCGACAGCAGAAGAUCAAGUCAAACGCCAUUCCAGGUAUGGCACCUCUGAAUUUAGGAGCCCUGCAGCAGCAAACGGCACCUGUCCCUCGCAAUGCCAGUUCAAGAGUCUCGGGAGUGUCGCUCCGCGUAGCAACGUCGGGGGACCGUGGCACUUCGCGCAUGGGAGGGUCCUUAACAUGCAGGGUCUCGUUGGCUUCCAGUGCGCUGAAAACCCCAAGGAGGAAGUUUGGUGACGGGGUUAUAUCGGCGCGUGGAUCUGCAAGAGGGUGGCAGCGACGGGGGGUACACGAGGAGGAGGAGCAGCACCAGCAGCACAAGGCUAUUGAAGAGGCACUUGUUGCUUCUCUGCGCUCAUUGAAUAUGUUGGGCUCAUUCAGUUUGGGGUCAGGCAACGGCAGAAUGAGUGCGCGCGCUGCUUCGGGGCCAGAGUGGGAGCCUACCCCAGAAGCAGCACUCACCCGCUGCAGCAGCAACCCCGAUAGGGGAUAUUGGCACUCUACAUUCCUGUGUGUACUAAAGGUUGAAGGCACAGACUUUUUUCUUGACGUUAUCCGGCAGAAUCAUCAGCAGCAGCAGGACACGCUGCCAAGCUUCCACAGCACAGCGAGUAGUUUCUUUAGCAGCACAAGCGCAGCUGGCGAUGUAACGGAAAGCCAGGCGAUGAAUGGAGCCAGAGUCAUGGCCUCCAAAGAAACAGCAGGUGUGUUCCAAGUUUGCGUCCGUCACCUGCUUAAGGAUGACAACUGGCUGCGCUCCAUCUGCGUUUCAAUGUUUUGGGGGCUAACAUCUGUUGUAGAUGAGGCGGAACUGCCACCGGACCAGACGCUGCAGCAUGGCUUGAGCGUAGAGGGGACUCAGGCGGGGUCCCUUCAGGACUCCAAGAGCUCCGCAGCCUCUGACGAAGCCAGUGAACAGGGGCAGGCGACGCCUUCAGCCGACACGGACAAUAACAGCGGCGCUUGGAGCGGCUGGGACUUAGUUGCGUUUAUGUACCAAAGAAGCAUCGACGCCACUGGCAACCCUGUUACGGGCAAGGCAGUUUCUUCCUCUACGAAUUUAUACAUAUCCUCGCGCGUCCCAGAUGGUUCCAUGCCAGGUUCAUCGCCAAGCUUCAGCACCAGCAACAGUACAACCCAAAGCAGCAGCAACAAGGCCAGUGUGGACAUGCGUCGUGCAGAGCCGUACUCAACAAUGAAUCAGCUACUGCUCCAAAAAGGGCCACAAAAGCAAAACAUGUUCCUGGUGAGGGCGAAGGAUAGACACGCAGGGGUGAUGCCACUGUACCAUAGAUCGACCCAAAAGUACGUCCAUGUUCACCCUACAAUGGGCCUUGUAGGCCUUGUGCCCCCGGUGAUAGAGCAGGAAAAGCAGCUGCGGCAUCUGCAGAAAGUAGAGCAACAAAAAAAGAAGAGUAUCAGGAGGCGUUUAAAGGCGAAGAAGCAUCAUGACACCAUUCAGCACCAACAAGAUGGCGCCAGCAGCAACACGAGCAGCUCUGUUCCCGAGAGCCCGCAGCCAGAGGUUGAGCCAAUUACAGCUGACAUGUUCUUGAGGCCGUGCCGUAUAGAAAUGAUCCCCCUGGCGGAUUUGUUGCUUCAACAGUCGGUCCAUCGCCUGCUAUCGAGUGUCCAAGAGUUGGCCGUGCAGACCCAACAAGAACAGCCUGUUGGGGAGGCCGCUUGCGGGCCAAUCGCCGAGGCCGCGAGCCUCAGCAGUCUUAGCGGCAGCUCUUCAGAUGAGGGGGACAGUUUCGAUGGAGUUGUGGCCUCAGAGGGGGGUGAGGAUAUAGACCCGAACAAGAUUGCGGGCAACCGCCGGCCCUUAGUUCCGCCUCUUGGUCUCCCUCCAGUUGUCCCCGCAGAGACUCUCCCUCCAUCAACUCCACAGCAGCCGCCUGUGCUCGCUUUCCACCUUGACGAUGAAGGGGUAGACACUGACGUUGAGGGUGACAGCCUGGCGCACUGUACUGACAAUGGUUGCGGCCCCAGAAAGGCUGCCAGAGCUAUUUAG